CAUACCGAUAUGAAUCUUUACUUAUAAGAUCAAUAGGUUAGAAACUUUUUCAAUGUUACAUCUGAUGCAAUCAAAGCAAUGAUUUCAGUGAUAAUUUUUUACUGUGUACAUAUUUUCUUAUCAAUAUCUGGAAUGACAUAUAACAAACGGAUUAUGCAAACAGAACCAUUGUCUGCCCCCUUAACAAGUUUUUUGCUCUAUAAAGGCGAUCUCUACGUAGGUGGAGCUAACAAAAUUUAUAUUCUUGAUAAAGAUUUGGAACAAAUACAAAUCGCAAACACUUGUGAAACAGCAAAGGGUGUUUGUUCUAAAAAUAUUAACAAAAUUUUACUUGCACAUCACAGUGAACGAUUUCAAAUACUGGUCAGUUGUGGCACGGGAAACUCGGGGGUAUGUGAAGCCCGUAACUUAUCAAAUAUAGAGAGCGUUUUAUGGUCUAGUUCGGCAAGCCAUGAAGACACCAAUUACCUUACAGUAUCAACAAAUAAAAACAGACCAGCCGUUGGAUUAAUUACAGAGAAUGGGACAUUUUUUGUUGCAUUAACAUUUGGUGAAGGAGUUCACUCUUCUGGGCAAGAUUUAAUGAAAGGAAUAAUCGUUAACACAUACAACUAUGCUAUAAGUUCAAGGGAACUCAAUCAUUUUCUACCUGUCACAAAAGACUUCAGUGACAAACUUCUUAAAGUCAAAAUAUCAUCUGUUACCCUUGAGGAAUAUUUGAUAUAUUACAAAGUAUGCUUCCAACACGAUGGUAUGAGUUAUUUUGUUACAAAUCAGAAAAGUGAAGUAGGGUCAUCAAACUAUGUAACAAAGCUGGUACGGAUUUGUCAGGAUGAUCAGGGGUUUUAUUCAUAUACAGAUAUAGUUUUAAAUUGCAAUCAUUUUGGCGUUACGUACAAUUUAAUUCAAGACGUUGUCUUGAUAGACAGCGAACAAUACUUUGGCAAUAACAUUGGUAAGAUGUUUAUUGCUGUAUUCACACGAGGAAACAAUCCAGAACAACCGUCGGGAGACAGUGUAGUAUGCGUAACAGAAAUUCAAAAAUUAAAUGACGCCUUGGACUUUGCACAAUGGUCGUACAUCUCUUCUUGUAAUGGGCCCGGAAAUGAAAGUAUAAGAUACCUUCAUGCCUACAAAAAAGCUGGAGUGUGUCAAAAUGAAAAUAAAACCUCGGAAAAGGUCUUGACACAUGAUGACUUAGUAUGUGGAACAACACAGACAUACAGCAACGCUAUAGGCAAUGAUCCGGUAAACAUUCAGGCAUAUUUCUUCACCUCUGAAGUUUCAGGUAUACUUACAACACUAGCUGGUGCGACAUAUGAAAACAAACCAAUAAUUCUAUUUGGUACAUCUACUGGGAUCUUAAUACAGACAGUUUUGUGGAAAAACUUUUCCAUCAUAGAGAACUACAAACUGACUGUUGACCCUGGUCAUGAAAUCAAGAAGAUAUAUGCCACUGGUGAGGAGACAAUUUAUGUUAUGAGCAGUGAAAGAGUAAUAAAGUAUGCAACAACUAAUUGUUCUGAAUUCAAGUCUUGUGAACAUCUUGUGAAAGUGAAACAUCCAUUGUGUGGUUGGUGUGUUUAUAAAGAAAGAGCCACAAGGCGGAAUGCUUGCUUUAACGAUUCUCGUCACUGGAUACCGUCUUUUGGAAAUUGUUUGUCCAUGUCUUUGGAACCACAUGCCCUACCUUUAUCGAUUGUAUCAAACUCUUGGAACACCAGCGUGAAAAUAAGGAUUCCAAACAUUCCAGUAAAGAUUUCGGAUGAUCCAUACAUAUGUCUAUUUUCAUUGCAAGCUUAUAUUAAAAACACCACCAACGCAGUUCAACUUGAUAAUACCACAUUUUCCUGUUUAUUGCCAAACAUUUCAGUCACUGGGAAUGUUAAAAUUAAGCUACUGGUAAAGACACAAACAGGAUUCGAGGCAACAUUGUCGUCUGCUUCAUUGUUAAUAUACGAAUGCAGACAAUAUAAAAGGUGUAUGGAAUGUAUUGAUACUAAAUUCGUCCAGUGCAAUUGGUGUGGUCAAGAUGCAAGCUGUCAAGAACUAAAGUCUGGAUGUCCUAGACCAAUUUCUAUUAGUAGAAAAUGUCCACAACUACUAGAUAAAACAGACAAUUUCCUACCACUAGGAACAAAAACAAUGGCAUCUUUUCGGAUUACAAAUGCUUUAAAUCUCACAGAGGUGAUUUAUAGAUGUACACUACCGACUUCUGAAAGCGUUAUGGCAACUUUGAAUGAUGAUUUAUUAUCUUGCCCGUUGCAGGUUAUGAACAUCGGAAAGGAGAACAAAAAAGGGUUGAAAAUAGUUAUAACAUAUGGACCAAGAAUCGAACGUCUAGCUGAAAUCGAUGAUCCCUUUGCAAAUUCAGUAACGGUCUACAGAUGUAAACAAAUGGCUUUAGAUUGCAGCCAUUGUCAAGCUCUAAACAAAUCACGUUACAGCUGUUAUUGGGAUACAAACAAUGAAUGUGUUCACAAUGGUGCGACCCGUGUAUCAAUCUGUCAGUCACCAAACAUCACAAAGGUAUAUUUGAUUUGUUUAACUUAA